GAGGAGCAGCUGAAUAAAAGGAGGAGGACACGCGAGGCUCAACACAGCAGCUCGUCCUCCAGAACAGUUUUCGGCAGCAUGAGGACGCUGGUGCUCCUCAGCCUGUGCUCCGUCGCCUCCCUGCGCCCGGUCGCCUCCCGCAUCCUCCCGGGCCUCUGUGAGAUCAAGCAGCUCCAGGACCAGAUGGCCUGCAACGGCUCGCUGCUUGGCUCCUACUGCCCGCAGUGCGACGCCCAGGGCAACUUCCUGCCUCAGCAGUGCUGGGCGUCCACCGGCUACUGCUGGUGCGUGGACGUGCUGAGCGGGGACGAGGUUCCAGGCACCAGCACGCCGCCCGGGACCCCGCGGGUCGACUGUGACGAGCUCGGACACUGGUCCUGCCCCGACGGCUGGUCCAACUUCGGGGAGACCUGCUUCACCUUCAUCAGCACCCCAAAGAAAUGGAUCGAAGCAGAGGUUUACUGUCAGUUUGACGGAGGCAACCUGGCGUCGGUCCACAGCCAGGAGGAGAAUCACUUCAUCAUGUCUCUGACCAGAGGCUCCACCAACAACUUCCCUCAGACCUGGCUGGGAGGGUUCGAUGCCAUACAUCCUGGAUAUUGGAUGUGGAGCGACGGCUCUGACUUUAACUAUGAAAACUGGUACAACAACCCCCACGGAGAGGAAGGAGGUGACGACGGUGACGGCGGUGACGGCGGUGACGACGGUGACGGCGGUGACGACCACCAUGAUAAACCUCAAAGCAACGACCACUGCCUGAAGAUUAACUAUGAAUAUGACUUGACGUGGUUCCAUGCUUCCUGCACCACAUAUCUCCCCUUCGUUUGUGCCAAGAAGGCGCAUCGUGCUCACCACUGAGCUCCAGGCUGCAGCCGUCCACUCGUCUGGUUCAGGAAUCCUUGUAGUAACAGCAGUAACGUGUGUUGUUAGGACUGUACUGACAAUAUAAAGACAAAAAAACACAAGAAAUAAAUCAUC